CCCAAGCGCCCUUGUAUAAAUCAGCUCCUUCUAGUUUUCGUGAUUUACCAUGAACUUUCUCUCAUAUCACUUCUCUCUCUCCUAUUCCAAUCCCCUGACAUACCUCGCAGUACACCGACUUUAGGGUUUCGGUUUGAUGGCUCAAGCUGUUGAAGAAUGGUACAAACAGAUGCCGAUCAUUACUCGGUCGUAUCUCACUGCUGCAAUCGUUACCUCUAUCGGUUGCUCGCUCGAUAUUAUCUCUCCUCAUAACUUGUACUUGCACCCCAAGCUUGUGGUCAAGCAUUACCAGUUUUGGCGGCUCGUCACGAAUUUCCUUUACUUCCGGAAAAUGGAUUUGGACUUCCUGUUUCACAUGUUCUUUCUUGCUCGAUACUGCAAGCUUCUUGAAGAAAAUUCUUUCAGGGGAAGGACUGCAGAUUUCUUUUAUAUGAUCUUAUUUGGCGCUUCUGUUUUAACUGGAAUUGUUCUCCUAGGGGGGAUGAUACCUUAUGUAUCUGAGUCAUUUGCAAAGAUAAUAUUUCUGAGUAAUUCAUUAACAUUCAUGAUGGUCUAUGUGUGGAGCAAGCAAAAUCCUUACAUCCACAUGAGUUUCUUGGGGCUCUUUACUUUUACUGCAGCUUACCUUCCAUGGGUUCUUUUGGGAUUCUCUGUUCUUGUUGGUGCCAGUGCCUGGGUGGAUCUACUGGGAAUGAUAGCUGGUCAUGCCUACUAUUUUCUUGAAGAUGUGUACCCUCGGAUGACAGGCCGUCGACCCCUUAAAACCCCAUCGCUUAUUAAAUGGCUAUUUGCAGAUGAGCCUGUAGUGGUGGCGAGGCCCACAGAUGUGAGAUUUGCUGCUCCACCUGUUCAGGAACCUGAACCAAAUUAAUCAGAUCUUUGGAUGACAGAGACAAAUGCUAAGGUGGUAAAUCUGCUUGAAGAAUCUGUUGGAUGGUCAGAUGAUUAUAGUAGGCCCUUUAUUGGUGAGAAUACAUUUUGAGUGACACAUUAAUUGAAACUGGUUUGCCAUUUUGAGUGAUGGCUGUGUUCGAUGUCUUGCCAUACAGAUUCGAGUUUGGUUAUUGUAUAAUUCAGGCUGCACGGUACUUGUGAGAAAUCUACUUUUUGUAAAUCUCAUUUUUUGCAUAAUCUUUUAUGAGUUUACUUGCUAUUA